AACAAUAAAAAAGCAGAAAGACCCCAACCGAUCUUUCAUUCUUUCUCUCACACACACAUCGAAUGUGAACUCUGUUUCACGAACCAUUCUCUCCUUUUCCGAUAAACCCCUCAAUUCACGACAGAAUCAAUGCGAUUCGACGUAUGAAAUUGCCUCUUCUCUGCUUCUUUUAGAGCUCAUUAUUUCCCUGCCUUUGUCUCUCUCCAUCAUCUUCAGUCAUCCACAACUCAAUCUCAGCUGUAUUUCUUGAAAGAUUGCCCUGCUCUUCCGGAUUCGGUGGAAAAGAAGGAAUACUCCGUUCUUUUGAUAUGUGAAGAUUCACCAUGUAUAAUCUGCAAUGCAAGUCACGUCAGGUGUAACGAGUGAUUAGUUACAGGGUAACCUCGGUCUUCCGCUCCAUCUAUUAGUUAAUUGGAUAUGGCUGCAGCAAGCAAGACUAGAAAUAUGCUUGAAGGUUUUGUAAAAGAUGGAUCUUUUAAAUGGUUACUUGGGAAGCGGACUUACUUUGAUGAAGAAUUUGAGGAAAUGGGAAGGUCACCUUCUGCUAAGAGUAACUGGAUCCCAGAGCUAUCUCCACUUGCUAAUGUGGUCGUUCGUAGAUGUUCCAAAAUCCUUGACACUUCACCAACCGGCCUCCAAGAAAGUUUCAAUGCAGAAGCUCCUGAUUCCAUAAAGCACCCAUCUUGUUAUGUCAGGAACUUCCUGGAAUACUGUUGUUUCAGGACACUGGCUGUGUCCAUCCAGGUAACAGGUCACCUGGGAGAUAAGAAGUUCCGGCGGUUGGUAUAUGAUAUGAUGUUAGCUUGGGAGGCUCCAUCGGCUUCCAGUCAACCCCUGACUAAUGGAGAUGAAGACCUGACAGUUGGGCUUGACUCCUUUUCCCGAAUAGCACCAGCAGUUCCGCUCAUCGCUAAUGUUGUUAUAAGUGAAAAUCUCUUUCAAGUGCUGACUGUGUCAACUGAUGGUCGGCUUCAGUUUUCGAUCUUUGACAAAUACCUAAGUGGAUUAGAAAGAGCAGUAAAGAGAAUGAAAUCGCAAUCGGAGUCAUCACUUCUUGCUGAUGUUCGACCUGCAAAAAGAGAGAGGAUUCUAGAAGUAGAUGGAACAGUAACCACCCAACCAGUUCUUGAGCAUGUUGGCAUAUCUACUUGGCCUGGUCGUUUAACUCUUACAGAUCAUGCCUUGUACUUUGAAGCUCUUCGUGUUGUAUCCUAUGACACACCAAAAGUGUAUGACCUUUCAGAAGAUUUGAAGCAAGUUGUUAAACCUGAAUUAACUGGACCAUGGGGUACUCGGCUCUUUGACAAAGCAGUUUUCUAUAGUUCUAAUUCAUUAUCAGAACCUGCUAUUAUAGAGUUCCCUGAGCUCAAAGGACAUACUCGGCGUGACUAUUGGCUUGCAAUUAUUCGUGAAAUUUUGCUUGUCCACAAAUUUAUAAAAAAGUUUCAGAUCUCAGGAGUUACACGGGACGAGGCACUUUCAAAGGCUGUACUUGGAGUCUUGCGAUUGCAAGCAAUUCAAGAACUUAGUUCUGUAGAUUUGGUCCGCCAUGACGAUAUUCUCAUGUUUAAUCUGUGUGAACAACUCCCUGGUGGGGAUCUAAUAUUAAAAACUCUGGCAAAUAUGUCCUCUGUAGAGCGAGCUAACCAGGAUAAGCAUGGAGGCGGAAUGUACUCGGCCUCGUCGUUGGCAAUGGUUUCUGGUUUAGGAUUUGUUUUUGGUACCACUUCGAGUGAUCCUAAUGUGACGGCACUUGUUGUUGGUGAGGUAGCUGUUGGUGAGAUGAGCUGUUUGGAAAAGUCAGUCAGGGAAUCAAAGGACAGCUACAAAAAAGUGGUUGUAGCUCAAGCAACAGUGGAUGGGGUUAAAGUUGAUGGCCUCGACACUAAUCUGGCCGUGAUGAAGGACAUUCUGCUCCCAGUUAUGGAAGUUGGGAAAUGGCUUCUUUCCUUGUUGUAUUGGGAUUCCCCAAAGAAGUCGUUCUUGUUCUGCUUGUUUUUUACUUAUAUCAUCUGGCGGUAAGCUCUCAUUCUUUUGACAUUGUUCUUUACUCCUACAAUGACGGCAUAUGCUGUUGCAAAACUAAAUACUUUCGCCAUCAGUAUAUUACUUUUUAGAUGGCUGGGUGGUGCACUCCCUAGAUGAUUAGAUAUGCCAUGACGGUACUGGGAUAUGCUGAGGGCUAAUAGAAGUGUAAUGUGGUUUAGGGUAGUUAAGCAGAAAGAAGUAUUUUUUGUUUGGCUCACAUGUUUCAUUUUGAUGUGCAUUUGCCCCAUCCUCUUUUAAGAAUGAUAUGUAAAUGAAGGUUAGUACAUUCAGCAGCAGUAUUUGCCAACUGCCACAACAAUUAAGAACUGAGUUGAGCAGAAAGUUACAAGUGAACUGGUUGCAAAAUCUUCUGUUAUCUGAUAUCCGAGUUUGCUAGAAGUUCCGUAAUUUUUUCUUUGCUAGGAUUCCUUUAGCCAUCACAGUAGAGAGUAAGCAGCCGUAUUCUUGUCGGUAACUAAAAGGAUCUGCUUGAGUCAUUUGCUUCUCAGUCAUCAAGUCAAGUUGUGAAAACUGUCUGCUUGUUGGCCUCCUCAAAUCCUCUAUAUUUUCUCCUGGGUUCCUAGAAGUUUCUCGCUUUACUUAGCUUUGUUAUAGUUUUUCCUGUGUCAAAUCCAGUAAAUGUACAUUUAUUAGUGGUAGUACUCUAAAAGCAUUUAUCAUUUUGUCUUAAAAUGUUUCUGCCUCGUGUAUGUGUGUCGAUUCUCAAAUUUGAGCUCCUCGUUGAUUAUUAAGGCAAUAUGAAAGUUUGUUAGCGAUGGAAUAGAUUGGAGAAGGAGCUGUUCGACUAACAGAGUUCUCCUGUUUCAGGGACUGGUUGGGGUAUGCUUUCGGAUUGAUGCUCGCUUCACUGGCUGUAUUCAUGUUGCUUACUCGUUUUUUCAACCAAGGCCAGCCUGUCGAUGAGCUGAAGGUAGUAGCACCACCACCUAUGAACACAAUGGAGCAGCUUCUCGCUGUCCAGAAUGCGAUUUCUCAGGUGGAGCAGCUGAUCCAGGAUGGCAACAUUGGCCUACUCAAAGUCCGGGCUUUACUACUUUCCGUGUUCCCACAAGCGAGCGAUAAAUUUGCGGCAGUGCUGCUGGGCAUGGGGUUAGUGCUGGCCAUCUUGCCAUUGAAGUACGUAGUUCUGUUGGGCUUCCUGGAGGUGUCCACAAGGUACUCGCCAGCAAGAAAAGAAAGCUCGGAGAGAUGUGCGAGGAGAAUGAGGGAAUGGUGGUUCAGCAUACCGGCGGCCCCGGUGGUACUUGACAGAGAGAAGGAUGACAAGAAAAAGAAGUAGAAGUGAAGUGAGGUGAAGCGUGGUUAGUCCUUUGUACUGAGAUGUACAGGGACACUUGUGACGUACAAGAACAGAACCUCUCUGUGACUGUAAAUCUCACCAAGGAUAAAUGAGAGAGGGAAAGUCAUAUUUGGAGUAAGUGGUUCACACGUGUGUGUAUUGAUGAAUCCUGAGGUUUAGGACGCGAG